AUGCCUAGCUCCAUCUUUGCAACAAGUACACCUUCUGCAUACGACAAACACAAGGUUGAUACUAGGAACAGUAUAGAGGAACAGCGUACUGAUCCAGGACCAACUAGAAUUAACAAAGCUGAUAUACAAAGAGCUGAGGAACAGUUACUCAAUACUAUGAAUAUACAUGGUCCAGCCUCGAGGAAAGCAAACAUAAUCCUGUACCUAAAAGAAGAAGGGUAUAGAUUCAAUUCUUCCUUGAUAUUAAAUUCUGUGUUAAAGAUGUUUCUUGCAAAGAUUGUGGCUAGUGAUUAUCUGAAUUGUGCUUUUGUUUUGGUCUCUGGAGAUAUUGUUGUGGAAAUCUUCUUGCAGGUUCUGAGUAUUAGUGGCCUUACCAUUGUCUUGUUUGUGAAGAACUUGGAAAACAUGGAUGUGGACGAGAAAAUAGAAACCCUUACCAAUUUACUCCAACAAUUAGCUGUUACAGUAGCCAAUAACAUGGGGAACCAAGGGGAUAGACCUCAACAGCACCCACAAAACCAUAGGAACAAUAAGGAUAAAAUUUUGAAGAUUGACUUACCUAGUUUUGAUGGACAAUCUCCAGACCCAGAGGUGUACCUGGAUUGGGAAGCUAAUAUGGAAAGAUAUUUUGACUUUAAGGAAACCACACCUGCACAACAAUUUAAACUAGCUAAGAUUAAACUGACCAAGCUUGCUGCUACAUGGUUAGAAGGAGUGCAGAAGCAAAGAAGGAGGGAGGAUAGAGAAAGAAUCAAUACAUGGGAAAAACUGAGGAAACACUUAAGGAGGAUGUAUGUCCCACGCAAAUAUAGACAGCAGCUUUGCAUACAAUGGGGAACAUUAAGACAAGAAAAUAGGACUGUGUCUGAGUAUAUCCAAGAAUGGGAACGGUUAUCUGUUGUUUGUGACACCAAUGAGACUGAGGAGAUGAAGAUUGGGAAUUUCAUAGGUGGUCUAAGGGAAGAUUUGAGGAGAGAACUAGAGUUGACCCCAAACCUUACCUUCAGCUUAGCUUGUAGCAAUGCCCUUACCCUAGAGAAACACUCCAAGAAGAAACCAAACAUAGGUAGCACCUACAACAGACCAAUGAGGAAUUACAACCCAAGAAAUGUUGCAACACCAACACCCACUGUGACUCAGACCAAUGCACCAGAUAGAAUUCCACCAAUGACUAACACGACUAAGGACAAAAAUCCCAGGGACCUGAAAGGGGUUGUUUGCUUUAAGUGUCAUGGGCAUGGUCACCUUAAAAACGAGUGUCCCAAUGCUAGAGCCUUCACUGUGCAGGAGUGGGCAGAGAUUAGAGAAGUGGGUAGACCCAGGGCCAUGAUGGUUAGCAGGAAUGGGAAAGAGGAAUUAGUUUGGCCUUCAACAUCUGCGGAAGAUCAUGAUGGUACAUACUUUGUUAAUGAUGAAGGAGUCUUGGAGACUUUUGAGGGAACUGAGGACAGUGAGGAAGAAGGAGACAGAGAGGAAGUCUACCCUGAACCAGAUAUGCAAAAUUUCAAGGAUUUAGUUCAGACCUUGGACUUAGAAACUAAGCCACACCCACACCCUUAUAAGCUGAAAUGGCUGGAUAGCAAGGCCAGUGGGUUUGUGAAGAAGAGAUGCUUGAUACAGCUUGCUAUAGGGUCAUUCAAAGAUAGAGUGCUUUGUGAUGUGUUGGAUAUGACUGCCUGUCAUGUGCUCUUAGGUAGACCCUGGCAGCAUGACAAAAGGACCUUACACAAUGGUUACACUAAUGUUUACACCCUGAGGCAUGAGGGGAAACUUAAGGAUCUUAUGCCCCUGCCACCAUACAGAACCUUACCCCCAAAGCAAUCAGUAGGUAGUAACCCCAACUUACCUUCACAGAAACCAGUAUGCACCUUAAUUAUACAGAGACCUGUAGGUAGUGUGUCCUUGAUAAACAGAAAGGUGAGUAUUAAGGAGAUCAGAAGAGAAGGACUAGCCUUUCUCUUAUUCAGUAAAGAGGUUAAACCGGAAGGUAGUCAGUCAGACCCGAGAAUCAUUAGCUUGUUGGAGCAAUUUGCUGAUGUCUUUCCUGCAGAACUACCAAUAGGACUACCUCCAAUAAGGGGUAUUGAACAUCAAAUUGAUCUAAUACCAGGAGCAGCAUCACCCAAUAAGCCUGCCUAUAGAACUAGUCCUAAGGAAACCAAGGAACUACAAAGACAAAUUCAGGAACUGAUGGAUAGAGGAUAUGUUAGAGAAAGCAUGAGUCCAUGUGCUGUACCCACCUUACUUGUUCCUAAAAAGGAUGGAACAUGGCGAAUGUGUGUUGAUAGCAGAAGCAUGAAUAACAUCACCAUCAAAUAUAGAUUCCCUAUACCUCGAAUAGAUGACAUGUUGGAUGAAUUGUCAGGAUCUCAAUGGUUUAGUAAGAUAGACAUGAGAAGUGGGUAUCAUCAAAUUAGGAUGAGAGAAGGUGAUGAAUGGAAGACAGCAUUCAAAACCAAAUAUGGCCUGUAUGAGUGGAUGGUUAUGCAAUUUGGGCUAACUGGAGCCCCUAGUACCUUCAUGAGAUUAAUGAAUAAGGUCUUAAGACCAUUUUUAGGAAGGUUUAUAGUGGUAUACCUAGAUGACAUAUUGGUGUAUAGUAGGAAUGUAGAGGAUCACCUUAACCAUUUAGCGCAACUGUUUAGAACCCUUAGGGAACAGAGACUGUUUGGGAAACAAGAGAAGUGUUCCUUCCUGCUAACUGAGGUUUACUUUUUGGGAUUUAUAGUGGGCAGACAGGGAGUACAAGUAGACCCCACAAAGGUAGAAACCAUCAAGACUUGGCCAGUACCCACUAGAAUCACUCAGGUAAGGUCUUUUCAUGGCCUAGCCUCUUUCUACAAGAGGUUCAUAAAAAAUUUUAGCACCAUUAUGACACCAAUCACAGACUGCACUAAGGGAAACACUUUUAAAUGGACCAUAGAAGCACAGCUAGAUUUUGAAGAAAUCAAAAGGGCCAUGUGUAACCCCCUUAUUUUGAGAUUACCUAAUUUUAGUAAACCAUUCGAGGUAGAAUGUGAUGCCAGCAAUACAGGCAUAGGAGCUGUCUUAGUUCAAGAAGACCAUGAGUCCCUUAAACACAUUAGUGGGCAAAGCAGACUUAGUGCCAAACAUGCUAGAUGGGUUGAGUUUAUGCAAAGCUUUAACUUUUUGGCUAAGUAUAAGACUGGAAAAACUAACAUUGUGACAGAUGCUUUAAGUAGGAGAGCACAUCGAUUAGCUAUUUUGGAUGCCAAUGGGUUUCUUUUCAAGGGGAACAAGCUAUGUAUCCCUCGAACUUCCUUGAGAGCAGCUUUAGUAAGGGAAGUGCAUGAAGGAAGCUUAGCAGGACAUGUGGGCAUACAGAAAACUUUGGAUAUGUUAGCUAAGCACUUUUAUUGGCCAAAAAUAUUGGACAUAGUGGGAAAGAUCAUUAUGAGGUAUGAACCUUGCAUCAAGGCAAAAAUAACAUUCCACAAAGGAGAGUACAAACCCCUACCUAUUGCACAAAGACCAUGGGAACAUGUUAGUAUGGACUUUAUAGUUGCCCUACCUAGGACACGGAGGGGCAGGGAUGCAGUCAUGGUUGUGGUAGAUAGGUUCUCCAAAAUGGCCCAUUUCAUUGCAUGUAAUAAGGUGGAUGAUGCUAACCAAAUAGCCAAACUGUACUUUACAGAAAUUGUACGGUUGCAUGGGGUCCCUAGGACCAUAGUUUCAGACAGGGACAGCAAAUUUUUAAGCUCUUUUUGGGGCACCUUGUGGAGAUUGCUUGACACAAAGCUGUUGUAUAGUACCUCUCAUCACCCACAAACUAAUGGGCAAACAGAGGUGACCAACAAAACUUUAGGGUCAAUCCUUAGAACCUUGGUAAAGAAGAAUUUAAGAGAUUGGGACCUUAAGCUAUGUCAUGCAGAAUUCGCCUAUAACAGGAGUCCAAGCUGGGCUACUAAAAUCUCACCUUUUGAGUAUGUUUAUGGAAUGAAUCCUAUAUUACCUAUUUCACUAAUUGAUCUUCCUUUACAUUGCAGACCACAUGGGGAUGCUAAGCAGCAUGCUGAAAACAUGAUGCGCAUUCAUAGGCAGACACAAAGAAACAUUGAGCAAGCUACUGCCAAAUAUCAGCAGAAAGUGAAUACGCAGACUUCAACUACAUGA